AUGGCUGUCAUAACUAUGACGGGGAACGAUCGCACUCAAGACACGACCAAAGAUAGUGGAGUCGUAUUGUCCAUUCAACAAGGUCUGGGGCAGCUCGACACUGGAAGCCAUGUGACAGUGGAGAGUACUGAUAGUGGAGGAUGGGUGGAUGGUCUUCUUGGCUGCUUACGCCCUGUCUUACGGGGCUUCAUUGACAAAGCCACAUCCAAUGCUGAAAUCAAAGCUUCACAACAAGAUGACUGGAUCAUACCUUUUGAAAGCAUUAGUGACCUCCAGUGGCUUGGAUCAGGAGCCCAAGGUGCAGUUUUUAGUGGACGCUUAAAUAAUGAAAUUGUUGCUGUGAAGAAAGUCAGAGAGCAAAAAGAGACUGAUGUUAGACAUCUAAGGAAACUUAACCAUCCUAAUAUAGUGAAGUUUAAAGGUGUUUGUACACAAGCUCCAUGUUAUUGUAUAAUAAUGGAAUUCUGUCCUUAUGGGCCUUUAUAUAAUCUUCUGAAAGCAGGAGAGGAAAUAUCUCCUGUUAGACUUGUAUCGUGGACUAAGCAGAUCGCAUCUGGAAUGCAAUAUCUGCAUUCCAACAAAAUUAUUCACAGGGAUCUUAAAAGUCCUAAUAUACUCAUUGGAAUUGAUAAGACUGUAAAAAUCAGUGAUUUUGGUACCUGCCGAGAAUGGAAUGAGAUAAGUACAAAAAUGAGCUUUGCUGGAACAGUUGCUUGGAUGGCUCCUGAAAUCAUUCGUAAUGAGGCAUGUUCCGAAAAGGUUGAUAUAUGGUCAUUUGGUGUAGUGUUGUGGGAAUUAUUAACAUGUGAAACUCCUUACAAAGAUGUAGAUUCAUCAGCUAUUAUUUGGGGUGUUGGUAGUGAUUCUCUACAGCUUCCUAUCCCAUCAUCUUGCCCCUAUGGAUUUAAACUGCUCUUGAAACAAUGUUGGUCUGCUAAGCCAAGAAACAGACCUAGUUUCAAACAAAUCCUCGCCCAUCUAGAGAUAGCGGCAUCUGAUGUCCUCAUUAAUUCCCCUGAAAAAUACUUUAAGAAUCAGGCUACCUGGAAGGAAGAAAUUAGGAAAAAAAUGAUGAAUAUGGAGACUAAUGAAAGUAAAAUGUCAAGGUUUAAUGAGGGAGAGCUUAUUCAGAAGAGGAAAAAUGAACUUAAACAUGCUCAGGAUAUCAGAGAACAUUAUGAGGAAAAAUUAAAGAGUGCUAGUAACCUUUAUGAUGAGCUAGCUAUUGCUCUCAGACAGGUUGAGAUAAGAGAAAAAGAGCUUAGAAAGUGGGAAAAAUCUACUAGUUAUAAAUUAGGGAAAAAACGUACUAGAAUAAAUGGAAAGACGCCAGAGAGAUACAAAAAAUAUGAUGAUGACAGCUGCUAUCCAACUACAUGUUCUCAGAUUUCAAGUCAAAGAUCUCCAACAUCACCACUCUCUGUAAAAUCAUCUCUCUUUACUCAAAUGAAUGGCAAUAAAGUUGAAUCAGUUGCAAUUCCUGUACCUUUCAGACCAAAACGAACUAAAGCUAGAAAAGCUAGCUUAUUAACUGUGAAGAACGAAUUUUCCGGUCUUAGUUCAGAAAGGGAAGAAGUUGAUACUUGUGAAGAAAUGCCUGCUUCAAAGAAGGAAUAUGUUAAUUCUCAGACUCAGACUGAUGAUACAGCAAUGGAUAUUAGUAAUUGUAGCACUCCUGAAGCUAUUAGUCCAAUGGAUAGCAUAAAUGGGAACUUACAACCUGUUAUGACUAGUAGUCAAGAAUAUGAAGUAGUCAAUAAAUUGAAACUCGAUCUGGAAGAUGAUCAUCUGGAAUCUCUAAAGCGUAAAGUUAGUGAAAUUUUAAUUAAUGGAAAUAGAAUUGAAGACAGUUCUGAUAGAGAAGAUGAUGAUUUGCCUCAUUCAUGUGGCAAUUUCAACCUUAGGAGGAAAAGUAUAAGUCGAAGGCCUAUUGGUCCAGGAUGCCGAAUGAGAAGGUUUAAGCUACCCCAAGUUCUGCAAUCUGAUGAAGAUAACACAUCAGAGAGAAGUCACAGUAGGAGUUCUACACUGGAAAGCAAUCCUCCUCCAAUUAAGAGGACAGGAAGUGCCCGGAGUUCAGAAUCAGAAUCUGAUGAUCUAAGUGAAAUCACAGUGGCACCGCAACAUCAAGUUGUAGCCUAA